CCGCCGCCGCCGCACGGUGUCCCGCGCGGCCGUGGCUGUGGUUAGCGGCGGCGGGCGGCCAUGGACCGUAACCCUUCGCCGCCCUCCAGCGAGGCGGAGGAGGAAGGCGACGCGGUGGGGAACACGGUGUACAGCAAGCACUGGCUGUUCAGCAUCCUCACCCGCCUCAUCGAGGUUAUCAGCCCCGAGAAGCCGGAGCCAGCCGUGAACCCCGAGGGAAUCCAGACGGAGCUGGAUGAAGAGAUGGAGAAUGACAUUUGCAAAGUGUGGGACAUGUCGAUGGACGAGGAUGUUGCUUUAUUUCUUCAGGAGUUCAAUGCCCCUGACAUAUUCAUGGGAGUUUUUGCCAAGUCAAAAUGCCCUCGCCUUACGGAAAUUUGUGUGGGAAUAUUAGGAAAUAUGGCCUGUUUCCAAGACAUAUGCAUGUCCAUUAGUAAAGAUGAAAAUCUUGGGCAAGUGUUACUGCAGCGUUUGUGUGAUUCAGACUCACCAACUCUUCUGGAAACAAGCAGGCUGUUGUUAACUUGCCUCUCCCAGCCAGAGGUGGCCAAUGUCUGGGUUGAGAGAAUCCGAGAAAACCCUUCUGUGUAUGACUGUGUUUGCUUUAUCAUGUCCAGCUCUACAAAUGUUGAAUUGCUGGUAAAAGUGGGUGAAGUGGUGGACAAACUCUUUGAUCUAGAUGAAGAGCUAAUGUUAAACUGGAUUAAAAGUGGCACAUGUCGGUCUGUGGGACCAUCUGUAGAUGAUUCCCCUGAAGAACUUCCAGACUUUAAAAUUGUGCCUUGUAUACUUGAAGCAGCCAAACAAGUCCGAUCAGAUAAUCCAGAAGGGCUUGAUGUUUAUAUGCAUAUUUUGCAGCUCCUGACCACAGUGGAUGAGGGUAUUCAGGCUAUUGUGCAGGCUCCUGAUGGAGGAAAAGAGACUUGGAGUUUGCUCUAUGACCUCGUUUGCCAUGAACUUUGUCAGCCAGACGAUCCACCGAUCAUUGUGCAGGAGCAGAAGACUGUGUUGGCCUCUAUUUUGUCUGUACUGUCUGCUAUGUUUGCUUCACAGACAGAACAAGAAUACACCAAGAUGAGGAAAAAUAUGCCUCUGAUUGGGAGCUUAAUUCGUAUCCUACAAUUCAUGGAGGGCUGUGGGAAGAGAUCUGUUGAUAACUCAAAGGAAUCUGAAGAAGAAGAGACUGGAAAGGCUGAGAUAAAUGAGGAAGAUUUCCAUUUAAAAAUUUUGAAGGAUAUUUGCUGUGAAUUGCUUUCCAAUAUGCUUCAAGAACUGACCAAGGAAAACACAUUGGAAGGACUACACCAGGGACAUUUAAAUGAACAGACAUGUUCCUGUGCAUUUCAGAACCUGUUACCUCUGUAUUCUGCAUCGGUGGAGAGUUUCCUUGUAGUUCUGCGUGAGGCUGAUCAGACACUUGCUGGCAAUCUAGAAAAACGUUUCCCAAGCCUGAAGGUUGAUGCCUGAGAACACACAUGAAGUAUUUUCUUUCUUUGGAAUGAAGAUUUUGGACUGUUUCAUGAAUUGUUUCAGAAAUCAAGUUUUCAGUAAAUGGCAGGAGAAUGAGGCAACCUUCUUGCUAAGAGAUGACUUCUGAGAAAUGCUCUGGGUAGCCCUGAUUAACCUAAGGUUCAUGUGGUCUGCGUGGAGAAGGAAAUGACUGUAAAUUCAGUUCUGCAUCUUCCAUUGCAUUUGCCCUUAUGAUGAGAGACUGUUCAUGUCUAAUUGCUCUUCUGCAGCAUAGUUUUCUUUGAAUAAUUCUUGAUUCUGUGCUUUUCGAUGUAAAUGGAAACAGCAAAGUGAGUGAAAUGCACCGAGUCGUAUUUAACAUGAUGCUGGUUUCUUCAAAGUUGCUGUUGGCAAAAGGAGGAUUGAUCAGAAGGAUAUUCCACAUCCGGUGCCUAAGGACGUUCAAGCACCUGAUAAAAACAGUCAAAUUACACCUGUUUGUUUGAUUUUUGUUGUUGUUGUUGUUUUUUGGUUUUUUUGUUUGGGUUUUUUUCUGUCUUAGAUCAUAUCAGUACCUUGAGCAGGUUUUGUAACAGAAAGGUUUCAUCCUGCUUCUUUUAAAUACUCCCAGUUCUUCCAUUGAAACCUGUUCUGCACUGAAGGGUUGAGAUAUAGAAGAUGGGAACCAGAGCAUAGAGAAUAACUGAAUACCAUGUACACACGUUCCCUGGCUCCCCAGUUUUUAAUGGACUAAAUAUUGUCCUGGGCCAUGAUGCGUUUGCCCCGAGUUACCUGUACAUGUGGUAAAAUAUAGUAUGUGUAUAUGUAUAUAGCCUUCUGAUGCAAACUUCCAGUUUUCAGAAAUAGGACAAUUUAAUCAUUCCCUGGGGCUGACAACAGCAUCUUAGGUGUCAGCAGAGGAGUUGGAAUUGCAAAUAUCUGACUUGUGUCACCAAAAAGAAUUGCCAUGGUGUCUAUCAGUUUUUGUAUGCUAUGUUUAUUGGAAAAAAACUGGUAAUUGUGAAUAGGAUGACAGCAUUUUUUCAUACUACUUCAACUACUUUUCAUACUACUUCAGUUUUUGGAUAUUUUCUUAAACCUACAGAUUUGUAAUAAA